GGAUAGCUGAUUACAUUAACAAAUUUUUGGAGUGAGUCCAAUUUUCAUAUUUUGGAGCACUGUAAUGAUGUGCCUGCUGCUGGGAGCCACUGGUGUUGGAAAGACAUUACUACUAAAGAGGCUUCAGAAGCUGAGUCAGAAGGAUACAGUUACCGACUUAGGAGAACCUCCUCCUACUUUACCAACAGUUGGCACCAAUCUGACAGACAUCAUUAUCAGCAAAACUAAACUGACUAUCCGGGAACUUGGAGGUUGCAUGGGGCCUAUCUGGCCAAGUUACUACGGUGAUUGCUGUUCUGUACUUUUUGUGAUUGAUGCAGCAAAUCCUUGCCAGAUUGCAUCUUCCUGUAUGCAGCUGUUGUCUGUUCUGUCUGCCAAACCCUUGGAGAAGGCAUCUGUUUUGGUUCUUUUCAACAAAAUUGAUCUGCCUUGCUUCAUGUCUCUUGUGGAGAUGAAGUCCUUGUUCCGGAUGGAUGACAUAACUUCCUGUGCUAAGCAGUCAGUCACUCUAAUGGAAGUCAGUGCUCGGUAUGGUGCAGGCCUACAAGAGGUUUUAAAAUGGCUUCUUUCUGUUCAUAAAGGUUAAAUGAAUGCUUCUCAUCAGAUUUGCCUAUGUGUAUGGUGUCUUGAAGGGUCAUACCAGCUAGAAACCAGAUAGAAGCACAUGUAAUGAUGGGUAAAAUAGUUAAACAGGACUGGACCAUAAUGACAUUGGAAGGAGCCAGGAGUCCCACUUGUAAGACAUAAAAAUCUUGGAGGUGAGAAUCACAAGAUCCCCAUCUUGAUUCAGACAGUUGAAUGACCCCUUAAGUGAUUGCAUGCCACUGCUUCUCUGCACACUGCUCAUUGAAAGCAUUAUCAGAUUUUUUACUGCUUGAUGUGGUGGACUCUUAUAGUGAUCCUUUAAGAUGCAUGUUUUUAUGUGGUGGCUCCCUUGUUGAACACUACCUUGUAUGUAGGACUGAAUGCAUUCAACAGGUGAUCAUCCCUCUUGUGAAAUGCAGUUAAGGUAGGAGAUGCACUGAUGUGGUCAUACAAUGACAACAAAGCAGGUUUGCAGUUGGUCUGUUUCCUCCUGUGUGUUGCUGGUAGUUUGCAGAUGUAUCAUGAUGGUAAGUAUACUUUGUGAGACACCAUUUGCAGACAUUGCUUGUUGAGUAAUACUUGGUAGCUGAAAAGUGAAAGUGCCACCUCCACUACAGUAGUGUGGCGCAGAAACAUAUUCAUAUCUUGUCUGUGCAAAUGAAGCCCACAGGAAUGUAUCACAUGCUACUUUUGAAGAAACUAAUAAGAUAGGCAAUUAUGUGUUGCACUGUGACACUGACAUUGGAAGCCAGUUGAUAUUCCCAUUAAGUUUGUGUUAUGGAUUCAAAAAUAGGCUAGGUUUACACUGUACUACAGAAGAGAAACUUGUAAAUCUGUGUAUCAUUACAGGCUGUGGAAAUGUUCAGACUGUUUUGUAUGCUGAUCAUGUGUUGAGAACAUGGAAGCCAUGAAGCAGUCUUAUUGAGCUAAAGUAGGAGUGUAGCCUGGCCUUUUGGCACAGAGGACAGGGCAUACCUCUUAACGUCCAGAUUUUUGCCUCAUAUUUUUGGUAUGCCCUCAUACAAAUUGUCGUUUUCUGGCAAAUUGGUGUGAAUUGAAUUCACUACAUCAUGGCAAGCAUUUGAGUUUCAGUCUUCAUGUCCUUUAGAAAAUGAAUGGUAACACAAAUCCUUUUAUUCUAGCAACUUUCUAAGUUUAUGAGAGCAGUAUUUAAA